AUGAUUUGCCUGGUCCUGCACUGUGGUUUCCUGCUUCAUGCCAUUGAAAUAUCCAUCACCGUUUAUUAUACAACCUUACCUCUCGCCAGUUCACAGGGACAUUUCCCAAGUCUUGAAAAUGUGGGUGCUUUCAAGAACAUUUCCAUCGUGCCAACCCAAGCUACCUGUGGAUUGCCAGAGCGGAGUGUUUUUUGUCAAAGUUCAGCUAUUGUUGAAAAUAUUCACUCCUGUACUCAGCAAUUUUGCAUUCAGAAGUGUUUGUACAGAUCAUCUCCUGCUUCCCAGGCUGCCAUUCUCUCAGAAGGCCUGGGCAACGGUAUCAGACAAGACCAAGAUGAUGUGCCUUCUGGAUCUUUGGGCAACACCUCAAGCAUUGUUUUUCAUGGUGAAAAGGGUUGCUUUUUCACUCCUCGUGCUCGGAAGCUUGCUGUUUCGUUCACUUUAGCCGUGUGGUUGAAACUUGAGAAAAAAGGCGUAAUGUGUAUGGUGGAGAAAGCUGUUGAUGGGCAGACUGUGUUCAAGCUUACAAUUUCUGAAAAAGAGACAGUGUUUUAUUAUCGCACUAUAAAUGGGCUGCAGCUACCGAUAAAAGUAAUGACACUGGGGAGAAUUCUUGUGAAGAAAUGGAAUCAUCUUAGCGUGCAGGUUCAUCACAACAGAAUUAGUUUCUUUAUAAAUGGUUUGGAAGAUGAUGACACAGCCUUUGAUUCCAGAAUUCUCACAGGCCUAAUAGCAGAUCCCUCUGCUGAUGGUGUAUGGCGAAUUGGGCAAAACUUAAAUGGUUCAGAGCAAUUUGUUGGGAGGAUGCAAGAUUUCAGAUUGUACCAAAUGGCACUUACAAACAGAGACAUUUUUGAAAUAUGGUCUGGAAAAUUUCCUCAACUCCAUAUUCAAUCAGAAUGUCGCUGUCCUGGAAGUCACCCAAGGGUACAUCCUUUGGUUCAGAGGUACUGCAUUCCUAAUGGUGCAGAUGACACAACUAAUGACAGAGUGCUCAGACUAAACCCUGAAGCUCACCCUUUAAGCUAUAUCAAUGAUAAUGAUAUUGGAACUUCAUGGAUUUCAUCUAUAUUUAGCACCACUGAACAUCUACGUCAUGGAGUAACCAUCACCAUUGACUUAGAAAAUGGAGAGUACCAGGUAUUUUAUGUUAUAAUCCAGUUCUUCAGCCCUCUACCUGAAGCAAUCCGAAUACAAAGAAAAAGGCAACCUGACAUUGGUUGGGAAGACUGGCAAUACUUUGCCAGUGACUGUACUGUGUUUGGAAUGGAGAACAAUGGAUCACUACAAUAUCCGGACUCUGUAAACUGCCUCCAGCUUCCUAGCCAUACCCCAUAUUCCCAUGGAAACAUUACUUUCAGUGUUCUUACUCCAGAACCAAAUCGUAGGCCAGGAUAUAAUGAUUUCUACAAUACACCAUCACUUCAAGAGUUUGUCAAAGUCUCAAAAGUUAAGAUUCAUCUAUUUGGCCAGUAUCAUACUACCAUGCCCUGGGUUAAUUUUGGACAUAGAUACUAUGGAAUUGAUGAAAUUACAAUCAGUGGGAGAUGUAAUUGCUUUGGCCAUGCUGAUCAUUGUGACACAAGUCAUAGUCCAUACAAAUGUCUCUGCUCCAAGGAAAGCUACACUGAAGGCAAUAAUUGUGAUCGCUGUCAGCCACUGCACAAUGACAAGCCUUUCCAUCCAGGAGAUCAAGUUCAUGCUUAUAAUUGCAAGCCUUGUCAAUGUUUUGGCCAUGCCAUAAGCUGUCACUACAAUAGGACAAUGGAUUAUUUUCCUAAUGAAUACUAUAGAGGUGGUGGUGGAGUCUGUGACAAUUGUCAGCAUAACACCUCAGGAAGAAACUGUGAGUUGUGUAAUGAUUUCUUCUAUCAGCAUGUACAUGCAGAUCUCUCAGCUCUGGAUGUUUGUAAAUCCUGUGAGUGUUACUCAGCAGGCACCAAAAAUGGUAGUCGCCUUUGCAGUAAAAUUGGAGGCAACUGUAAUUGCAAAAGACAUGUGUCUGGCAGACAAUGCAAUCGGUGCCGGGAAGGGUUCUACAAUCUACAAGAGUUCAACCCUUAUGGCUGCAGCCCCUGUGGCUGUAAUGCCUCUGGGACGGUCGAUGGAGAUACUGCCUGUCACCAAAUUUCAGGCCAGUGCAAGUGCAAGGAAAAUGUUAUUGGUCUCAGGUGUGAUCAGUGCAAGUUUGGAUAUAAAUUCAUCCAGGAUAUUAAGCAAGAUGGGUGUGAGCCUUGUCUAUGUAACAUCCAUGGUUCCAUGAACGAUUUUUGUAAUCCUUCCACUGGACAGUGCACUUGUAAGAAAGGGGUUAAAGGAUUUCAUUGUGAUACCUGCAUUGAUGGCUUUUAUUGGAUGGAUGCUUUUGGCUGUAAACCUUGUAGUUGUCAAACAGCAGGAUCGGUUUCUGGUACAGUGUGUGAUCCCAGAACAGGAAAGUGUAUUUGCAAGCCUAACUUUGGUGGAAGACAGUGUGAUGACUGCUUAAAUGGGUAUUAUAAAGAAUGGCAAAAGGAUGCCUUAUUCUGUGCGCCAUGUAACUGUGAUAAGUCUGGCUCUGUAAAUGGCUCUUUAGUGUGUGACAAAUUGACAGGACAAUGUCUUUGCAAAUCUGGUGUCACAGCUCUUCAGUGCAAUCAAUGCAGGCCCUAUAUGUAUAACCUUACUACUCAAAAUAUUCUUGGCUGCAUGGCUUGUGACUGUGAUUCUUUAGGGACAGUCCCAGGAACAGCAUGUGACCAAACCAGUGGACAAUGUAUUUGCCAGCCUCACCGCCAUGGAAGGAGGUGUGAAAAGUGUAAGCCAGGUUUUUAUAUUUCUGCACAUAGCGUGAGUGGCUGCCUACCCUGUUUGUGCCACCCAAGUGGCUCAGUCAGCAAUAUUUGUGACGCUUUCACUGGCCAGUGCGUUUGCCAAGAUUCUUCUGUAUCUGGGAUGAGAUGUAACCAUUGCGGUGACAACUAUUUUGGAUUCAACUCAGAAACUGGGAAAUGUCAGCAUUGUAAUUGUCAUCCUGCUGGAGCUAUUAAUUGGACUUGUCAUCCCAUUACUGGACAAUGUAUGUGUAAACAAUUUGCAGCUGGCUCAAAAUGUGACAACUGUGUUCCCAAUGCUAGUAAUUUGGAUGUCCACAACCUAUUUGGCUGCAGUAAAACUCCCUCCCAGCAGCCUCCACCACAAGGACAGGUUCUAAAUUCUUCAGCUAUUAGACUUGCUUGGAAUCCACCUGAUUCUCCAAAUUCAAACUGGCUUGCUUACAAACUCUACAGAAAUGAGACUCAAAUCUACACAAUGGAGGACUACUAUCCUUAUAGCCUCCAGGUCUUUGUUGAUAGCAAUUUACUUCCGUAUGCCUUCUAUGCAUAUCAUCUUGAAGCAAGCAAUGUCCACGGAUCUACAAGAAGUACUAACUUGACCUACAGAACACAGCCUGGGAUACCUCUAGGAAAUUUGCAUUUAAAUCCAAUCUUUCCUGUUGGGCCAUAUUCUAUUUCUUUUAACUGGACAGCCUUAUCAAAUGACUCUGGUCCUAUAGAGAAAUAUAUUUUGACAUGCAUUCCUUCAUUUGAACUUCAAUCUUGUGGCCAGCAUGAAAGCUUAGAAACCUCUAUAACUGUCUGGAAUUUAGUUCCAUUUAAAAAAUACAGCUUUUAUGUUCAAGCAUGUACUAGUGGAGGCUGUUUGCUAAGCCAGCAGCUAUCAGUAGUUACUGCACAAGCUCCUCCUGAGGAGCAGCUCCCUCCAGUCAUACAAAGCAUCAGCUCUACUGAAUUGGCUGUAGAAUGGGUCCCACCCAAGAAAACCAAUGGUGUAAUUAUUAGGUAUGAAUUAUAUAUGAAAGGAGCUCUACAAUCCAAUGGAAGUCAUGUUCCUCCUGAGAACUGUGUUUUCCAGACCAGUGGGUGGUUCAGUCUUCAUCCAGUGGAAGAAUCUGUACGUGAGAGUACUUUGACACCACCUCUAACUAGUACCAUCAUUACUGAUUUGAAGCCAUUCACAGACUAUGAGUUCCGUGUUUUAUCAGCCAAUAUGGCUGGCAGCACAUUUUCAAAUUGGACAUCGCAAAGAACAGCAGAGGCAGCUCCUGUAUUCAUGCCACUUCCAUCAGUAUUCCCUCUUUCACCAUAUUCUCUCAAUGUGUCUUGGGAAAAGCCACGAGAUAAUGAAGCAAGAGGAGAAGUGAUGGGGUAUAGCAUCAAUGUAAUUACCGAACAAAAAGUAUUGCCAAUGUUUUCUCAGAUUUUGUAUGUUGCUGAAGCCCAUGAGCAAUCCUAUACAGUGACGGGACUAGAACCAUACCGAAUGUACUAUUUUACCAUUACUCUCUGCAAUCGAAUUGGAUGCAUUGACAGUAAGCCAGGAAUGGGACAAACUUUAGCUACUGCUCCAAUUCAGCUAAUUGCCCCUGACACUGAAGGAAUAAACAGCACUGUAAUAAAGAUAACUUGGUAUGAGCCUGAAGAACUUAAUGGACCUCCUCCAGUUUAUCAGCUGGAAAGAAUAGAUAUAUCUUUAAUAACAUCAGAUGUAAAUGUAAAGAAAGGAACCCGUUUCCCAGGAAAUGGGUAUUACAAGUUUCCAAAUUCUACUUUGCCUGCAAACACCUAUUUUACAGGUAUUAAAAUGAGCUUUAAAACUACAGAACUUGAGGGUCUACUUUUUCUCUCCAUGUCACCUGGUAAUCAGGAGGAAUACAUUGUCCUUCAAUUGAAAAGAGGACGUCCUUACUUUCUCUUUGAUCCACAGGGUUCUGCUGUUGCACUAACUCCAGAAAAUGAUGGUGGAAGACAAUAUAAUGAUAACAAUUGGCAUCAUAUAAUUGCAGUAAGAAAUCAAGCUUUGGGAACAAUAACUAUAGAUGGGCAAUUCUCAGGUUCCUCAUCGGCUACCAGUGGUAGUACCAUUAUAGGAGAAAACACAGGCAUUUUUGUUGGAGGCCUUCCAGAAGACUUUACAAUUCAAAGAAAAGACAUAGUCACACAAGGAUUUGUGGGGUGUCUCCGAGAUAUCUUCUUGCAAAAGAUGCACCAUCCCUAUGAAGUCUGGGAACCUUUAGAAUGGGAAGAAGCAGUGGAACAAAGGAACGGUUAUCACAGUUGGGAAGGUUGUCCUACUCUGCUUGAAGAUGGAGCACAUUUUCUUGGGAAAGGUUUCCUAGAACUCCAUCCAAAUAUUUUUCAUGGUGGCAUGGAUUUUGAGAUCUCUUUUAUGUUUAAAACAGAUCAAUUCAAUGGAUUACUUCUGUUCAUUUACAACAAAGAUGGGCCUGAUUACAUUGCUGUAGAACUGAAAAGUGGAAGCCUGACUUUCCUAUUAAAUAAUGGCAUUGUCUCUACACGUGUGAAUCUCUGGUUAGGACUGUCUUACUGUGAUGGAAAGUGGAAUAAAAUUAUUUUGACAAAAAGAGGAUUGGUAGCUUCAGCACGGAUGAAUGAAUGGACAGACCACGUGACAGAACCUGAUUUAGAGCAGCUAUUUGUAAACUCUCCAGUCUACCUUGGAGGGACUCCAGUUAAAGUCCAGGAAGCCUUUAAAGAGCUGGGCUUAGAACAAGGUUUUGGAGGCUGCAUGAAGGAUGUUAAAUUUACACGAGGUGCUGUCGUUAACUUGGCAUCUGUGUCCAGCAGUGCUGUCAGAGUCAAUCUGGAUAGAUGCCUGUCAGCUGACAGUGCUGUAAACUGCAGGGGAAAUGACUCCAUCUUAGUGUAUCAAGGAAAAGAGAAGAGUGUUUAUGAUAAUGGCCUGCAACCAUUUACAGAAUAUCUAUACCGGGUAAUUGCUUCUAAUGAAGGAGGAUCUGUAUCUAGUGCCUGGAGCCGUAGUCGCACAAGAGAAUCAGUACCACAAAACGUGCUGACACUCUCAAGAAUUCACAGCAUAAAUGGUUACAACAUUGAAGUUACAUGGGAUGAACCAGUUGGGGUAAAAGGUGUAAUUGAGAAGUAUAUUUUGAAAGCUUCCAGUGAAGAUGGUUCCAACAUAUCUGUUGUCACUGCAGAGAUUUCUAAUACUAGUUCAUGUACAGGCCUGCUGACAGGUUUGCGUCCGUUUGCAAACUAUGCUGUAACCCUAAUGGCUUGCACUUUGGCAGGCUGUACCGGGAGCUCACAUGCCUUGAACAUCUCCACUCCACAAGAAGCUCCACAAAAUGUCCAGCCACCCAUAGCUGUUUCAUUCCCCACAUCUUUAUGGUUGAGUUGGGAUCCUCCAAAAACACCAAAUGGGAUAAUAACACGGUACAUUUUAUAUAUGGAAGCUCAACAAAUUUAUACUGGAAAUGAAACCAAGUUUAUUGUCAAAGAUUUAAAAACUUUUACAGAAUACCAGUUUUUUAUCUCUGCCUGCACAAUUGUUGGCUGCAAAAACAGUACCCAGGUCACUGUGCUUACAACAGAGCUCCCACCAGUUCAUGUGGAUGUGCCAGACCUGAUAGUUUUGGAUUCUAGAACAAUAGAAGCACAGUGGAACACACCAAAGGAAGUGAAUGGAGUGGUACAUAGAUACAUUCUGUACAUUGCCAAGAAAGAGAAAAAUGUUAUAGUUUGGGAUACAAUUUAUAACUCUACAGAUCUUUUUCAGAACUAUACUAUACAAGAUCUUUCCCCUGGUACUGAAUACUUCAUCAAGUUAGCAGCCUGCACUGGAGGUGGAUGUACAAUCAGUGAAACUACUUCAGUAAAAACAAUGAAAACUAACCCAGAAGGGGCUCCAGCACCGAAAGUCCAGUCAUAUUCCCCUGACUCCUUUAACAUCUCAUGGACUAAGCCCGAGUACACGAAUGGAUUUAAUACUAGUUACGGAUUGUACAUGAAUGGCAUUCUGGUGCAGAAUUCCUCAGAGCUGAGCUAUUAUACUUCUGGCCUUUCUCCUUGGAGUCUCCAUGUGUUCAGAGUUCAGGCAUGUACAGCAAAAGGCUGUGCUUUGGGCCCGCUGGUAAAAGCUCGUACGACUGAAGAUGUACCUAAAGGAAACAUUGAACUGUUUGUUAUUAAUGAUGGAGCCAGAGAAGUUAAAGUGAAAUGGUUUCCUCUGCAUGAACCCAAUGGGCAGAUAAUGUAUGUUGUUCUUUUUACUGGAAUCUUCUAUGCUGACAAAGCUAAUGGCAAUUACACCAUUUUAAAUAGCACACAAAUUUUACAUAUCGGCAAAGAAGCAAAUGUCUGGGUACCCAUUGGAGGACUAAUCCCAUUUUCAAACUACACAGUGGAAGUGAAUGCUUCAAAUAGCCAAGGAUACGUGAUCAGUGACCCUGUAAUAAUCGCUCUACCUGCUGGUGCUCCAGAUGGCAUGUUGCCUCCUAGGCUUUCAUCUGCUACUCCGACCAGUCUUCAGGUUCUCUGGUCUAUACCAGUUCGCAACAAUGCUCCAGGCUUACCGAAAUACAGACUCCAAAUAAGACUUAAGAACUCCCCAGAAGAUAUUACAGAAUUGCUUUCUAAACCAACAACUUAUUUACAUCAUGUACUCAAGGAUCUGCAGCCAUACACAUCUUAUGAGUUGAGGGUUAUUGCCUGCAAUGGCUAUGGUGAUACAUUCAGCAGCUGGACUCUGAUAGAUACAACAGAGGAUAAACCAGGAUCUAUAGACCCACCACUAAUCCUGGAAGUGAAAUCCAGAGCAGCAACCAUCUCCUGGCAGCCUCCUUCAAGGCCAAAUGGCAGUGUCACCCACUAUAACAUCUACCAAAACAGCCAGCUGCACACUACUAUUCCAGGAGCUAGAUCAAAAUGUAUUGUAUCUUUCUUGCAUCCUUAUACAGUUUACCGAUUUCAAGUAGAAGGCUGCACUUCCAAAGGGUGCUCUCUAUCCUCUGAGGCCCCACCUAUACAGACCCUUCCAGAUGCACCUGAAGACAUCCCUGCUCCAGAACUAUACUCAGACACACCAACAUCUGUGCUAGUAUCAUGGCAAUCUCCUCUUCAUCCAAAUGGACUGGUUGAAAACUUUACAAUAGAAAGAAGAGUGAAAGGAACAGAAGUAUCUACAGUAGCCUCUUUGCCCUUCAAUUGUUCCAAGAGGUAUCUAGAUCAAAGUACUGGUCUUAGCCCUUGGAAAAAAUAUGAAUACAGAAUAUUGGCAAGCACUUUUCAAGGUGGCAUUAACAGCAGUUCUUGGGUAGAAGUCAUCACCAGGCCCUCAAGACCUGCGGACAUCCAGUCUCCUAAGGUGCAAGCAUUAGAUCCAUAUACUGUCCAGGUUUCCUGGGAGUCUCCUUCCAUUUUAAAUGGAGAAAUACUGAGCUAUGAGAUCCAGAUGCCAGACCCUCAAAUCACUGUCACUAACAAUUUGUCAUCUUCAAUGAGCCACAUAGUAACUAACCUGAUCCCUUUCACAAAUUACUCAGUCACCAUAGAAGCUUGUGCUGGAGGUGGAGGUUAUAUUGGAGGGUGCACCAAGAGUCUACCUACAUAUAUGGUUACACUUCCAACACUUCCCCAAAAUAUUAGUCCUGUGUCUGUGACCUCAAUUAGUGAGUCAGUAAUUACUGUGUCUUGGCAACCACCAUCUAAACCCAAUGGACCACACAUAAGAUAUGAGCUCCUGAGACAUAAAAUCCAGCAGCCACUUGCAUCAAAUCCCCCUGAAGAUUUAAAUCUCUGGGACAAUAUUUACUCAGGAACUCAGUGGUUUUAUGAAGAUAAGGGUCUUAGCAGGGGUACAACCUAUGCGUAUAAGCUGAUAGUACAUAAUGAAGUAGGAUAUACAUCAAGUGAAGAAGUGAUUGUUACAACAUCAGGGUUUCCAAAGAAAGGCACUAAUGUUGCUGCACAGCCUCUUAACCAUACAGCUAUAGAAGUGAAAUGGGCCACUCCAACCUUACAGGAUAUACAGGAGAGUGUUGAAUAUUACUUCCUUUCCUGGAAUGGCACUGCCCAAAUAAACUCCAGAAAGAUCCCCGCAAGUGAAAACAGUGCUGUUAUUGGUGAACUGUAUCCAAACACAGAGUACCAAAUUUGGCUUCAAGUUUUCAGUGGGCUUCACAGCAUCGCAAGUGAACCAGUGCACGUGACGACACCAGAUGGAGAGCCAGAGGGCAUGUUCCCUCCAGAGGUUGUCACCAUCAACAGUACAGCUGUAUGUGUCAUUUGGACAGGGCCUUCAAACUCAAAUGGCGUUGUCACAGAGUAUUCCAUUUAUGUAAAUAAUAACCGAUAUGAGACCGGAAUGAAGGCACCUGGAUCUUUCACUUUAGGAGAUUUGACUCCAUUCACAAUUUAUGACAUCCAGGUUGAAUCCUGUACAAGGAAUGUUUGUGUGAGAAGUAAUGGAACCCAAAUUACAACUGCAGAAGAUGAGCCUAAAGAGUUAUUGCCACCGUGGAUCUCUGUCCUUGGUUCCAGGUCACUUCAGAUUAACUGGGCAUCACCAGGACAACCAAAUGGCAUUAUCUUAGGAUAUGAACUGUUGCGUAAAUCUCAGCAUCACUGCACUGAGGCAAAGCAACUGGCAAAACAUCAAAGUGAAAGAGCUUGUCUGCUCUUGGAAUGCAGCAUUAAUGAAAUCAUAUGUGGAGGACGAUGCUGUAAUCCCCAGUUUAAGAUAUGUUGCAAUGGGAGUCUGUACAACAAUACUCCAAGUUUCCAAUGCUGUGAGGACAAGUAUCUUCCAUUUCUUCUUAAUGCAUCAGGUGUUUGCUGUGGAGGUCAGAUGUCUACAGUGGAACGAGAGUAUCAGUGUUGUGGUAACUAUUCUACAUGGGUAUUCACAGGUCAAGUAUGCUGCCCAGAUGAAAACCUAAACUGGGUCUCUGUUGGAACUGGAGACUCCUACUGUCAUGGCAUUCCUUUAUUGGGGAAACAGAUUUGUUGUAGUGGGUUACUGCAUAAUGGCUUCAAUCAGCAACGUUGUGGUGGGCAAAUAGAAAACAAAGACCUGAUUUGCUGUGGUGAUGAAGAAGUUGGAAAAACCUAUUAACCUACAACAGGAAUGUUCUGUUGUGGACAUGAAUACGUGAAUAUGUCAAGUACCAUAUGUUGCUCAGCUUUCAGUGGUGAGGCUAAAGCCCACCUUAAAAAGAAUAACCCAGUGCCAUUAAGAUGCUGCGCGACUGAACUUAUUCCAGAGAGCGAGGAAUGUUGUAAUGGACUUGGAUAUAAUCCCUUGAAAUAUGUUUGCUCUGACAGGAUUUCAUCUGGAAUGAUGAUGAAGAUUUCCCGGAGUUAUACAAAAAAUGAAGAAAAUCAAAGUAUAUGCCCAUCUUUGGAGGAGAAGGUUUAUACAGGAGGCCCAACUCAAUAUUCAUUCAAAGAUAAGAAUCUAGAGCCUCAUGUUACGUAUGAAUACAGGUUAGCUGCAUGGAACAAACAUGGGAAAGGUUUAAGUGAAUUUAACAGUGCAACCACUAAACAAGACAUCCCUGAAGGUAUAAGUCCACCUCAUUGGGCAAAAGUGGAUAAUCGAGAAGAUGUAAUAUUUCUAACCUGGAAGGAACCUCGUCAACCAAAUGGCAUCAUCGUUUAUUAUAUUAUUCUCCGAAAUGGAGUUGAACAUUUCAGAGGAAAGGAACUGAGCUUCAUGGACACCAGUGGUAUUCAACCAUACCAGGAAUACUCAUAUAUAUUGCGUGCUUGCACUGUUGCUGGAUGUUCAGACAGUAGCACGGUAAUUGCAGUCACUGUCCAAGGAGUCCCGGAGAACAUUCAGCCACCAACAAUUAUACCUCUAAGUGCAACAACCUUGCAUUUGAGUUGGGUGGCACCAAAGAAGCCAAAUGGUAUAAUCAGAGAAUAUCACAUACAUCAAAUUGGAAGGGGACUUAUACACACUGGUCCUGCAGACCAGAUGCACUACACUGUCGCAGGUCUUCAGCCUUAUGAAAACUACCACUUCACACUCACAGCAUGUACGUUUGCUGGAUGCUCUACUAGUCAGACAAGUGCAGGUAGAACGUUGCAAACUGCUCCUCAAGGGGUAUGGUCACAGCCUCGUCAUAUUAUAAUAAGCUCUAAAAUAGUGGAAUUGUAUUGGGAUGAGCCAAAAAAACCCAAUGGAAUUGUCAUUCAAUAUAGAUUAUUUUGUAAUGGAGAAGAGAUUUUAAAAGGUGGUAGAGAAAAUCUGAAUUUCACUCAUUCCGCCGUGCAACCAAAUAACAGAUAUGUUUACCAGCUAGAAGCCAGAACGUGGGGCGGUAUCAAUACCAGUGAAAAAUAUAUUGUCCAGACACCAGUAACAACACCAGAGGAGAUUCUUAAACCAUAUAAUAUCACAGUAAUUAAUGCAUAUUCUAUAUUUGUAGCAUGGGACAUUCCUGGCUCAUUUAAGAGCAAUGUGCCUUUGGAGUACAAUAUAUUACUAGAUGCUGGCAGUACCUCCCCAUUUGUAAAACCAGUUGGGCAACCCAACUUUGUUCUUUUGGAUGGACUUGAUCCAUGCACCCAAUAUGAAAUAAGGAUACAAGCCUGCCAGGAUGUUGGCUGUGGAGUUGGUGAGAGAGCAUAUGCAAUCACUGCUGAAGCCUUUCCUGAAGAUUUGAGUCCUCCUGCCAUUACAGCCAUCGGACCAACAUCCAUAGAGGUGAAAUGGUCACCACCUAAAAAACCCAAUGGAAUAAUUAGAAACUACUUUGUUUACAGACGUCCCAUGGAGACUCAAGAAGAAAUGCUUGCGUUCAUCUGGUCUGAAGGCGCUUUAGAAUUUAUUGAUGCUACAGAUGCUCUUCAGCCAUUCACAGAGUAUGAAUACCGCGUCAAGGCUCAGAAUUCCAAAGGUUCUGUGGGUAGUUCAUGGUCUUCAGUACAGACUCUAGAAGCUCUACCAUCAGACAUGAAAGCUCCCUCAGUGCAAGCGAUCAGUGCUCAUUCUGUGUUCCUAAAUUGGACCAGGCCUGCUUCUCCUAAUGGUGCUAUUUCUCAGUAUCAUGUUGUCUAUCAAGAGAGACAGAAUGACCCAACAUUUAACACUCGGGAUGCUACUGCACUAACAGUUCCAGGAGUAAUACAUCAAGCUUACUUGUUUGGUUUGAAGCCAUUUACAACCUACUACAUUCAUAUUGUUGCUGUCAAUAAUGCUGGGCAAGUUGCUAGUCCAUGGACUUCAGUGCGCACCCUGGAAGCUUCCCCAAGUGGCCUAAGCAACUUUACAGUGGACAAGAAAGAGAAUGGCAGGGCAUUGUUACUCAGAUGGGCAGAGCCUUCCAAGCCUAAUGGUAACAUUAAGAUUUACAAUAUUUUCAAUGAUGGUAACCUGGAAUAUAGUGGCUUGUCUCGUCAGUUCCUCUUCAGACGUCUUGAGCCCUUCACGGUCUACACUCUUGUUCUUGAAGCUUGUACAGCAGCUGGCUGCACUCGCUCUUUACCGCAGCCAAUUUGGACAGAUGCAGCCCCUCCUGCAUCUCAAAUGGCUCCUGUAAUCCAUUUGGUGAAUGCAACCAGCAUUGAACUGAGCUGGUCUGAGCCAAUUAAUUCAAAUGGAAAAAUAAUGCGCUAUGAAGUUAUUCACAGACACACCAAAGAAAAUGCUUCAGAGGAAAAUAGAACGAAAGAAGAAGAGAACAUUGUUUUCACAGAAUAUAACACUGGGAGUAAUGCAUUUGUAUAUCGUGCUCAGCAUUUGCAGCCGUGGACUACAUAUGAAUAUAAAAUACGUGCCUGGAAUUCAGCCGGCUACACAGAUAGCUCUUGGUCUGCUGCAAAAACCAGCCAAGCUUCCCCAGAGGGUUUGGCUGCUCCCGUGCUAACUUAUAUCUCAGAAAAUCCCAGCAAAAUGUGGAUUUCAUGGUCAUUCCCAGAAAAGAGCAAUGGUAUUCUGCUGUCAUAUAAGCUCCAAAGAAAUGAUGUUCCUUAUCCUUUUAGCUUUGAUGCUUCAACCUUCAACUAUACUGAUGAAGACUUGCUUCCAUAUACAGAAUACCAUUAUGCAAUAACUGCUUGUACCCUGGGAGGCUGCUGCACCAGUGACCAUUCCAGAAUACGGACAUUAGAGGCAGCUCCAGCACUAGUCAGCCCUCCUACUCUAGAAGGUAUCCAUUCAACCCAGAUUAAUGUAUCUUGGUCACCGCCCCCAAUUCAAAAUGGUGAAAUCAUAAAGUACAUUUUAAAGCUGAAUGGUGAAGAACUAUAUGCUGGAAAGAGUUUAUUCAGGACAGUAUUGGAUCUACAACCGUACACUAAAUAUGACAUCACAUUGGUUGCCUGUACCAAUGGGGGCUGCACUGUUAGUGCACCUCAAUCUGCUUGGACAAUGGAAGCCCCUCCUCUUAACUUAGAUCCUCCCAAGUGCUUAGUGACAGAUUCAGAAUCAAUAGAAAUCACAUGGAAAGCUCCGAAUAAUCCAAAUGGUAAAAUCCAGAUUUAUGAGCUGAGGAGGAAUGGAUUGCUGGUUUAUUCUGGUCUAGAUACACACUAUAAGGACUUUAUGUUAACUCCUGGAGUAGAAUACAGCUAUACUGUUACUGCAAACAACAGCCAAGGAAGUGUUACUAGUCCAAUAGCCAAGAUAAGAACCAAUCCUUCUGCCCCAUCUGGAAUAUCUCCACCUAGGUUGCAUCCGUGGUCCUCACAGACCAUUUUGGUUACUUGGGAUCCUCCAGCAAAAAUCGGUGGUGACAUAAUUAAUUAUACAAUCAUUCUUUGGGAGCCUAUUAAAUCACAAAAGAAAAUGAUUUAUCUGGAUUCUUUUCAUGAUUCUUUUGGAAGAAGGUCUUACAAUUUAACAGAACUAAAACCCUAUCACAGGUAUGAAGUACAAGUGCAAGCUUGUGGUCUUCUGACAUGCACUUCCAGUGAAUGGGCUUCCAUACAGACUCUUGAAGCACCCCCUGAAACACAGCCAGCUCCUUUCAUAGAUGUCCAGUCAAGCCCUGAUGGAUUCCAUACUGUUCUUUCCAUCAUGUGGACUGGCCCAAAACAUCCGAAUGGAGACAUCUCACAUUAUGAGCUUUAUCGAAGACAGCAAUUACCCAAUCAACACAAAGUCAGCCUUGUUUAUAAGGGUUCAUCCACUUCAUUCAAAGAUGACACACUCCUGCCUUUUACUGAAUAUGAAUAUCAGAUUUGGUCAGUUAAUUCUGCCGGCCGAACUGCUAGCAGCUGGACAAAAUGUAAGACAGGCCCAGCCCCUCCUCAGGGACUUCCUGCCCCUUUGUUUGAAACAGUAGCUUCUACUUCUGCUGUUGUGAACAUCCAUCCUCCUCUGAAGCCAAAUGGAAUAAUCACUCUUUACAGGUUCUUCUCCAAUAACACCAAAGGAAGGGAGAAAGUGCUCUCAGAAGGAACAACCCCUCAGCAAACAAUCCAUGGACUUAAACCUUUUACCACUUAUUCUAUUGGGGUUGAGGCUUGCACGUGCUUCAACUGCUGCAGCCAGGGACCAAUGGCACAAGUUACCACCCAGCCAGCUCCACCCACCCAGCAGCCUUCUCCCCAUGUACGGAGCCUGACCUCAAGGAAUGCUUCUGUUCUGUGGGGUGCUCCUCGGGAACCCAAUGGCAUUGUGAGAAGGUAUGAACUCCACAUGUACACAUCCUGCCUUCCCUGGUUACUGCCCAUAGAAAGAGUUUGCAAGCCUGGACCUAUUGAAGUGAGAUACAGCGGAGAGAACCAGCAUUCCAGUGUGAGUGACCUUCAGCCUUAUACAACCUACAAACUGAGAGUGGUGUCCUACAAUUCAGUUGGAAGCACUACUUCAGAAUGGAUCACUGUUACUACUGAAAAAGAGGUUCCUCAGUACAAAUCUCCAUUUAUCAUAAUUGGAAAUUUAUCCACCAUCUUCCUGGAUUGGAGUCACACUUUCCUACUGAAUGGACUUCUGAAGGAAUAUGUGCUAAUGGAAGGAGGGCAACACAUCUACAGUGGCUUUGACACCAGACUGUAUUUACCAAGGACAUCUGACAAAACUUAUUUAUUUCAGGUGACUUGCAUCACUGAUGAAGGGAGUGCUGUAACACCAGUAAUCAAAUACAACGCUGCUAUUGGAUUCGGUCCCAUCUUGACAACUCCAGGAGAAAAUAACAAAGGCAACCCAAAGCAAGGAAUGUUCUACACAGAGCUGUGGUUUGUGGUACUAAUGGCAAUCCUUGCCUUGAUCCUCCUGGCAAUUUUCCUGUCUCUAAUUCUACAGAGGAAAAUAAACAAGCAGCUGUGUGCACGGGAAAGGCCUCCUUUAGUCUCAGUUCAAAAGCGAAUGUCACCAAUGAAUGUCUGUUCACAAGGAGAAACACACAUGGGACUGGCAGAUACAAAAAUUCCAGGACCAGCAUCCCCUCCGAGUACGCACAGCAGUAGAAACAUUUCUGUCCGUCAGGUACCAAGCCAAAGCCAGAUAGAGGAUAGCUUUUCCCAAGAUUCCCUCCAUCGAAGUGUCAGUCAGCUCAUUGAAGUAUCUGAGAAAAAGUCCUCAACAGAAGAUACUGUUUGGGAUGCCAUUAUUCAUGGCCAUGACAGUAGUUUGUGUACGGAUGAUGAAGAUCUUGUGAGCGCUAUCAAAAGCUUCAGUACCGUCACCAAAGAACAUACAACAUUUACUGAUACACACUUGUAA